UGACGAUAAAUUUAAGUUAGCGUGAAAUACUGUUUACAGUUGAUGGAACAACUUUUUUUUGUCACAUGAGUCAAUUAAAAAUGUAAACGAGAGAUUUAUAAAAUACAGAAUAUAGUCUGGUUCAUGGACGCUGUGUAGAAAAUUGUAGGAAAUAUAAUCCCGUUUGCAUGUUAGAAAGUUUAAGUAGAAAGGAAGAUUGUUAAAACUUCUUAAAGUAUUUGGUGUUGAUUCUUUUUUAAACGAUUAACAACCGGAGAAAAUAUGGCCGUCACGUACACGAUCAAUGAUGCAGUAGAAAAGUUUGGUUAUGGAAUGUUUAACUUCAAGCUUACUUUACUACUGUCCAUUAUGUAUUUGACCGAUGGUGUUGAGCUUACUUUAGUUGCAUUAGCAUCUCCGCGGAUAAAGUGUUUAUGGAAUUUGACAUCCACAGAAACAGCGUUGCUUUCCUCAGCUGUAUUUGGAGGCAUGUUGUGUGGUGGAGUUUACUGGGGCGAGAUUGCAGAUAAAAUGGGACGAAAGUUGCCUAUGGUUGUCUGCGCAGCAUUGGUUGUGUACUUUGGACUUCUUUCUGGUGUAACAUUUAAUGUAUGGUCACUUUUUGUUAUGCGUGCAUUUGUUGGUUUUUUCAUGGUUUGUAUUCCGGCUACAGUGAUAGUUUACGGUGUUGAAUUCAUUCCAAUAAAAUAUAGAGGCAGUGUUGCAUUCGGAUUUAAUUUUAGUUACGCCUUUGGCUCAAUGUUCGCAUCCGGUUUAGCAUAUUUGGUGAUGAACAAUUUGGGAUGGCGUUGGUACAUGAUUUUGUGUACUGCGCCUGCCAUUUUAUUUCUAGCAUUUUCAACAUGGUUACCUGAAUCAGUUAGAUAUCUAUACAUAGCUGGUCGGUAUAACGAUGUUGUGGCAUUAUUACACAGAAUUUCAAGAGAAAAUAAAGAAACGCUCCCAAAUGGAGAACUUGUAAAAAUAAAAGUUAUAAAGGAACGAGGAAAUAUAUUCGACUUGUUCACUCCAAAUGUUAUCAUAUCCACAUUAGUUUUGCUGGUAAUAGUAAACGUUGCUUUGAUGGGAUACUUUGGUGCUGUAUUUUUGGGCUCGCAAAUUAUCCAAUCAGGUAAACUUGAUUGUAUUAGUAAAAGUGUUACCAAACAGUCAAACUCCACAUGUUACAAACUAACUAACGAUGACUAUAUGUGGAACGUAUUACUUUCUUUCGGAGAUUUGACUGGUGUGCUUAUAACCGUCUUAUUUUUACACCGAGUAUCUAGAAAGGUUAUGAUGCGAGUACUAUUUAUCCCAGCUGCAGCAAGUUUUCCAUUGUUAUAUAUCUGUAUAUCGACGACAAUCAACAUAGUUGUUAUGUUUUUAGCGCGUGGACUUUUGUUAGCCUCAACACAAAUAGUGUUAGUGUAUGUAGCAGAGUUUUAUCCUACGAGAAUACGAGGAACAGCCGUUGCUUUCUUUUUUGGAACAUCUCGAAUUGGUGUGAUUGCAUCAAUAUUUUUGAUCGAAGUUCUUUUUGAGUAUUCAUACUUCCUUAUGACAAUUAUUUAUUGUGCUUUGCUAUUAUUGACAGCUUUGUUAGUUUCUUGUUUAUCUGCUGAUACAAGAAAUACAAAAUUGUUGGACAGAUAAAUGCAGUUUUGAAAUUUAAUAAGUCAGAGUUGAUAAUUUAAUGACCGUAAAAAUUUGUUUCUGAGACUUUUACGUAGUAUAAAAACAGGUGGAAUGCAUAAGCAACAUAAGACGACAAAGACAAGAAAUCAGUAUGGAUAGUAUAUUUUUCAUGUCAAGUUUUCUUGCUGCUAAGGUAGUUUGUAUUGAUAAAAAGAUUAAAAACUUUGUUUAAUAUUGUUAAUUUGAGUUUCUACUUUAAGUGAAAACGAUGUAACAUUGACUUGAAAUCCUAAUUGGGUAAAAUAUAAGUCAACAUAUUAUUGGAUGUUUGAAGCCUAAAUAUCACGUGACAAUAAUACCACUUUUAUAAAAA